AUGGGUUCUUAUGGCGAAACUCAUACCCUCACCACGCUGGCUGACGUUGUGAAGGAGUCGGCUGGCGCCCUCCAGCGCCUACUCGAGGAAAGCCAGCUCCCGCAACCUUCGUUCUCGCCCGGCGGGCGCCAAGACUGGUCGGAUGCGCAAUCUAUCCCCGCUAUCCUUGCUGUGCGCUCGAACCUCAUCGACGCCGCUCAGACACUGCUGAACCUCGCGCUGGGGCCAACGGAUAUUUUGGCGGGGUAUGCGGGGCCCUGCCUAUCCGAGAUUGAGGUCCUCCGGGUGCUGGACUCUCUGGGCGUCGCCGAUGUGGUCCCGCUGGAUGGUGAGAUCAGUAUCCCGGAUCUGGCGUCCAAGGUGGGCGUCCGGAAUGUACAUGCGUUCGAGAAGCAACUCCGUUUCGCCUUCCUGAUGGGCAUGUUCCGGCGGACACCGUCCGGUGGCGUCGCCCACACGGCCCUGAGUGCCGCCAUGCCAGCGUCCAGCCCUUAUAUUUCCCUCAGACUCGGUCGCACGUUCUGCCAGGGCGGGCACGAGAUCGCCACUGCGCUGCGCAAUGGGGCCGGCAAGAAGGGAAUACCGUGCGCUCUGGCAGACCCCAAGGGACUGGGUAGGCCAGCCUUCGUGCAGCUGGAAGAUGAGCCCGAUGGUAAAGGGAUGGAGAGGUACAGCACCGGAAUGAUAGGGUUGUAUAACCACCACGCGGGCCACUCUUACCUGCCAUUCAUUCACGGCUUCGAUUGGGACUGGCUAGGUCCAGAAGACACGGUUGUCGAUGUCGGGGGCGGCAAUGGGCACAUUGAGGGACAGAUCGUGCCACUGAUCCCGGGUGGUAACUUUAUAAUCCAAGACCAGCCGUCUAAUAGAGAGGGAGCAGAGAAGAUCAUUCAGGAGAAUGGGUUGGCAGCUCGCGUCCAAUACCAGCCACAUGACUUCUUUUCACCCCAACCAGAGCUUCCCGGCGGACGAGUUCCGAAAGUGUAUACGCUGUUUCGGGUACUGCAAGACUGGGAGGACGCCGACGCGGUGCGUAUACUGAAACAUUUGGUACCCGCAAUGGAGAGGUUUGAUACAAAGCUGUGGAUCAUGAACCGAAUCCUGCCGGACGAGCUCAACACGAUGCCGAGGCACAGUGAGAGAAUGCUGCGCAACCUGGACUUGCUGGUCUUCACUCUCUCGGGCGGUGGUGAGAGAAACGCCAGUCAUAUGCAUAGAAUGCUGAAGAUGGCAGACGAGAGGCUCACGAUUAAACGGUCCAGCAGACCGCUCAAUUCACUGUUUUCUUUCCUAGAGGUCUCACUUGAGAAAUAA